CGACCGUGACCCGGAAGCCUAACGUACUUCCGGAGCAACUCUGAACUGUGCACGCGCAGCGCACAAACUCUGCGCGUGAUUUUUUUUCCCAAACCGGUUGAGCACAAACCACGCCCCCUACGCGAAAACCCCACCCCGCAGCCGUGACUCACGUCUCUAGCUCGAUUUCAUUGGUCAACUCUGUUACCUCACCUGAGAAGAAGUUUGGACGUCAAUCAAAGUCGUUGAUGGAUCCGUCGCUGACUAACGGUUCGCUCUCAGGAGAGUGCGCAUGUUUGGGCUGUGGUGAAGACCAAGCCGUACAUCUGAAGAACUGGUUGCCUCCUGGGUAUAAAUAUCACUUCUGCACAUAUCGUUUGUGCACUACAGAAGGCAACUCACACCUGGACCACACAAGUUUUGAGGCAUCACUAAGAAUUGCAUUGACAGAAAUUUGUGAAGUAAAGGAAUGGGUGGGAAAGCUUAGUGAAUCAUCAGGAGUGAGUUGGAGAGUGGCAGUGACAAAACCAAAUAAGGGACAACGUGUACUUUAUAAGGCUCAUUACAGGUGCCAGCACAAUGUUUAUGUCCGAUCAGACACGGCUAAUCAAAGGCGGCUUUCAAAAAAUACAUGCUGUGAGGCAAAAAUGGUUUGCACUCUGGUGAAGACUACAGACAAAAGGGGAGGAACUAGUAGGAGCAUUGAUCCCCAUAUACCUACUUACCCAACUUCGGUGCGUUUGUACAAUGUACACAAUCAUAACAUCUUUGUUGCGGAGGCACUGAGGCACAAGGAUGUAGGGGUCAAGGCAAUUGAAACCCUGACACAGUUGUUUGAGGUUGGGCACAGUCCAACCUCAGCUCUGGCUGUACUUAAAAGUGACCUGUUGGCUGAGCAUUUUAACAAAUAUGUAUAUGUCUCAGCCAACCGUGCCAUUUGCCCAGACCUUCAGUUUUGCUACAGAUACAGGAAAUUCCUGACCUAUCUACAGAAUCUUAACAGUCGACGUGAGAGUUUGGCUCUCAGCUAUAGGAGGGACUUGCCAACCCGUGGCAACCAAACCAAUAACUAUGUGGAGGCUGCAAUGCGUGUCUUGAAAGACAAAAUACUUCAUAGGACAAAAGCAUUCAACCUGCCUCAAUUAUUCAACCUUUUCAUUACCCGACUAGAGAUGUACUAUGAAGCACGUGUGACAGACGUUGCUCUUGGCCAUUGGGAGGCAUUCCACCGGUCAAGAUUUCUUGCUACACAAAGUAAUAUCAAAGCAUCGGAUAUUUCUCAGGUUGGAGAAAAGAAAUUUCAGGUAAGAUCAUCCACAUUAGGGCACACAUAUACCGUGGACAUGGAGCUGGAGCUCUGCACUUGUCCAGUUGGCCAUAGUGGGGCACCAUGCAAACACCAGGCAGCAGUAGUGCAAAAUUACAACAUCACCUCCAUCAACUUUCUCCCCACAACAGCUGAAAUGAGGGCUGAGCUGCUGAAAAUAACAAAAGCCUCAGUUUCUCUUGACUUUCUAAACCCUUUACGGCAAAAUAUGCCAACGCCAAGCACAUUAGCUCCAGACAUGCCUCGGAAACAAGAAACCUGCACUUCUGAUCAUCAGUAUCAUCUCAGUGCUGAAGAUGAUGAGUCACAUCAGCUGGACCUGUCUUCGACCAGUUCUACACAACUGCAACAAAUAUCACCUAUGCAAGAGGACCCAUACUCCAACCAUCCCUGUGUUCAGGGUAACACAGAGGGAGCAUCUUUACCUCAGUCUCCUGUGAAACGGAUGCUGAGACUGCUCAGUGAAAUGGCUGAAAACCCAGACUACAGUAAUGCCAUGUCUAAAAUGGCCAAGCAGCUUGAAAAGAUACAGCACAACCAGACCCAACUGAUCUCGGCAUUUUACUGCUUUGGUAAAGGGAUGUCAGUAUCAAAACGUGCAGCAGCGUUAAGACGAGCUGCUAGACGACCAGGUCCUAUUAUUGGCUGUCAGCCAACAGCAGUGGCCAGAAGAACAGCUAAGACUGGUUCUAGGCAGCGUUUGACAGCUGGACGCCCCAGAAAAUGCAAUUCUGGUUCAGAGCAUGACUACAGCAGAUAUACAGGGAAAAAGGCUGUCAGGGUUCGCCACAAAUUGUCAGAAUCUGUGGCAAUGAAUUACUCACAUCAAGCAUAAAAUUAUUUGUAUGACGUGGGUGGGUUUGGGUGUGUGUGAGUGUGUGUGUGUGUGUGUGUGAGUGUGUUUAAAAAUGGUUAUUUCGUAGAUUAGUUAAUGCAAACAUAGUAUUAUUUAUGAAAUUUAGAUCCAGACUGCAGGUUAUGUAGCCAUUUUAAAAUCAUUUUUGGAAACUUGUUAAAAAUAUUAACUGCACAGAAAAAAAAUUCAAAAGUUUUUAUAGCAAUUGUGAAUUGCAUGUAAUGUUUUUGUGUACCAGGACAUUUUUGUAUUUUAUCUAUGUAAUUGAUAAAUAAAGCAUUCUAUGGCCAGUCA